UCAGCCCUGCCCCGAGGGAGGCCGAGGGGAGGAAGGCCUGCGGGCUGCUUCUGCAUGCGGGGCUCGUGUUGGGGUGCUGGCAGCUGGUCCGUGGCUGUUACAGGAGCAGCAGCUGCCGGACCUCGGCAGGGAGCAAAAUUUGCCUUUUUUUUUUUUUUUUUUUUUUUUUUUUUUUUUUUUUUUUUUUUUUUUUUUUUUUUUUUUUUUUUUUUUCUGUGUGUGUGUACUAUUUUAAACCUGUACGUAUGCUGUGAGUAGCCAGAAUCACUCACGAGUUAGGCAGGUUGCCAGAUGGAUGCCAGAGACAAGCAGCUUUUACGCUCCCUGCGCCUGGAGCUCUGCACAGAGGUGCUGGUGGAUGGACUUGUUAUUCAGUAUCUCUACCAAGAAGGGAUUCUCACAGACAGUCAUGUACAAGAAAUAAAAGCCCAAACCACUAAUCAGAGGAAAACCAUGAUGCUCCUUGAUAUUCUCCCCACCAGAGGACCCAAAGCUUUUGACGCAUUCUUGGAUUCCUUACAGGAGUUUCCAUGGGUUAAAGACAAGCUGAUGAUGAAGCGUAAGGAAAUGACAAUACAAGAUCCUUCAGAUUUAACUGAAAUUGCACCGUGCAUUUUGAAGAUGUCACCAACAGAUCAGCAGUUGAACAAGCUUGCGAGGAGGCUGGGACCUGAAUGGGAGCACGUAGUUCUGUGCUUGGGUUUGUCCCAUACUGACAUCUAUCGAUGUAAAGUCAAUCACCCUCACAACCUGCAGUCACAGAUCGUAGCUGCAUUUGUGCUGUGGAAACAGCGUUUGGGGAAGAAAGCAACAAUCCAAAGUCUGCAUACCAGUCUGAUGGCAGAGGAAGUGGAUCCUUCUGUGAUACAGUGCAUGCUUGAGUGAAGCCAUGCUGUUUAUUCAGAGCUUCCACGUACUUUGUUAAAUUAAAUAAAGAGGAUGGGAAUGUACGUUGAAGAUUGGAUGCCUCGAACUGGGAGAAAAAUGGGGUUGGGAACUGUGAUUUUAUUAAGCUUAAACAUUCCAGUUUUCUGUGGCAUCUUGUGACUUGUAAUUCUUUUCAUGCCAGAUUAAUUUUUAGCAGGCAUUAAAAAAAUGGAUCACUCUUUCCUGUUCGCUUUUGUGCUAUUUCAGUGGUGAUAUAGGGUGACAAAGUUCUUGCAAGCAGGCAAGCCUGCAGUGAGUUCAGCAAGGUUUUUGAUUUCACUGAGGGAGCAAGACUUGGUUUAACUUAUUCUCUGGACUACGAACAGCCUUUUUACUGCUAUUCUGUGCUAGUUCCCUGUUAUCCCAGCAAGAAAUGAGACUAAUCACCAUUACUAAUUUAGCAAUUUUACAGCAGUUAUUGCAGGUGGCUAAUUUCACAUUUAUAAAAGUCUCAGCACAUACAGUUUCUUACUAGGAUAGAUGGCUGCCACCUUGGUCUGCCUUUGAAAAAGGCCCUAAAUGGAAGUAGCAGGAACAUAGUGUGCCUGUGAGGGUUUCUGGUGUUAUUAUUUAAUGGGUGUUGGUUUCUGCAGACAGACCCUGCACGCAUGUGCCAUGUCACAGGUGGGGAGUUCUCAGGGAAAACAUGCAGUAGAGAUGUGACCAGAAGGAGGCAAAACCAGGCAAACUGAGCAAGAAGCACCAUAUAAAAGGGGACAACCUCUAAGUUGUCCRUGUUUGUCUCUGCUAAUAAACUGGGAGCCAGUCUGCUGCCUGCUGAGUCUUUGAGCUGUGCUCUGUGUCCAGGCAAUCUCCUUUCAUGGUAAGGUCAGGCAUCCAUAGGCACAUUGCUCUGACCACUGCACCCCAAAUGGGUAGGGAAUUUUGCAAAUCCUUUCUGGUCAAGAUGAACUUCCCACUGGUCUCCCUCCUGUUUGUGCCAUCCACCAGGCUCCCUUGCUUUCUACCAGCUUUUCUGUGCCUAGCUGGGGCAGAUUUGACACUGUUGUCCUUAGUUCUUUGCCCGUGUAGUUGUACCACCAGUGAUGAUAAGAUUUUAUGCAGAAGAACUGUAAAGCUUGGGCUCCUCUCCUUCUUCCCUUCUGUCAAGGAGAUUUUAUUCCUCCUUGAAAAAAAUACUGAGGCUUUUACUGAUCCAGUGGGGAUCAGUCUGCAGAGUAUGUAUCCAAAGGCAAUGGAAGUGACCAGCUGCUCUUUGAAGCCUAAUGAUAAAGAGGCARAAUAUGUUUUAAUUCUUCCUGAGCAGCUUGCUGUAUAGUAAAUGAAGAACAGAGUUUUGAUGCUGAAUUUCUAGGUCUGUUUAUGAAUAAGUUAUUUUAGAUUGUUUCAUCUGCAGAGUCAUUGCCAAAGAACUUCCUAUCCCACAAAAUUUGUUCUGUUUAAUUUAACAACUUAACAGCCUUGUCUGAAGUCUUUAUUGGGGCAAGAAUGAACUUUACUGCUUUUUAUUUUUAAAAAUUUGUUAUUUUUAUACGCGAAUUUUGGAAGACAUGGGAAAUUAGAAAAGGCAAAGAGAUUUUAAAGAAAUCCUAUAUGCCAUGGUUUUCAGAAGCGUGGAAACAGAAAAUAUAUCCUGGCAAGAUCUGCUCCUGCAGGUUCUGAAGCAAUCUGGUAGUAUUUUGGUUUUAAUCUGUAUAACAUUUUAACCUUUAGUAAAUUGUGAUGCUGUUAUACCUCACUGAGAUUAUAACUAAUCUUAUCUUCUCACUGAGAUUGUAACUAAUCUUAUCUUAUUCAGAUCUUAACUAUUCAUAUCCUACUUCCAGAGUUUAACUCACCAAAUUCCAGAUAAACAAGGUUAAUCAGUUUGGUGUUUUGAUUAAUUUAUUUUUUUCUGUUUCAUGAUGCUUAAAUGCCAACAUAUUGUUUUUUAGGUGCAAAACCAUUCCAGAGCAGGUGUACAGGCAUUUGGCAAAUUCAUAUGAGCACAGUCCAGCAUAGGGAGUGGGAUGAGGACUCUGAAGGAAUGCUGACAGUGAGAUUGACAGGAGCAUUGCUUGCAUAUUAGAGAGGCAAAAUCAGUCUCCCUAGCAACAGUUUGGAGGGAAAAAAGCUAGAGAUCGUCAACAGGARAAACUACUGAAAAUGUGAUUUAGAGGAAGAAGUUGACUCCCAGUGUCAUAAAUGUAAGUACCUUAUAUUGUUCURAACCAACAUGGACCAAGUCUGAAUACAAACUGGUCUGCAAUGCAGUUGAUCCCCGGUUAACCCAGAAUGAGCACAGUGCUCCAAGGAGGCAACCAGUCUGGGUGGUAAAGCAGUGGGAUGGGCACACUCAUAUGACCCUGGUACCUUCUCCUCUGGGUGAACUGUACAUUUCUUGUUCUUCCUUUCAUGAAACCAUUGAAUGGUUUGGGUUGAAAAAGAUCUCCAAGAUCAUCUAGCUCCAACACCCCUGCCAUGGGCAGGGACACCUUUCAUUACAGUAUUUUGCUCAACCAUCCAACCUGGCCUUGAACACUUCCAGGAAUGAGACAUCCAUACAUCCCUGGGCAAUCUAUUAUAGUGCCUCAUCACCCUCACAGGACAGAAUUUCUCCCUAAUGUUUAAUCUAAACCUGCCCUCUUUUGUUUCAAGCCACUUCUCCUUGUCCUAUCACUACACGCCCUUUYAAAAUGUCCCUCUCCAGCUUUCUUGUAGGCCCCUUUUAGGUACUGGGAGGUGCUAUAAGUUCUCCCUGUAGCCAUCGCAUCUCCAGGCUGAACAGCCCCAACUGUUGCAGCCUUUCUUCACAGG